AUGCAGACCAACGCAAUUUUUGCCGGUGUCAUUCUCACCGCAAUUGUCUUCCUCCAAGGCACCCCCGCCCCACCGGCUCUCAUCGGCAUCGCAACUGUUGCAGGCACGAAAGUCGCCGGGAUCAUCAAGGGAGGACUCAAGGCGGGCGGCAAGGGCCGACGAGCCGAUGUUGCCUUCCUACACGCCCGCCGGAUGGUCAUGGAGAUUGAAGCAGAGAUCAGGAAGCGAAAAGAAGAAGACGGAUCUGGCAGCGCUCCCGCAGGAACUUCUCAGUAUGCCUGGGAUGCUUGUUUCGACCAAGUCCAGGUCUCGAACACGCCGAUCAACGUCAAUGGGCCUAUCAACGAGAACCAUAUCCGCCUCUUGGGUCACUUGAAGGACAACGUGCGGUGCCUGUCCCGUGUGGCUCUGACUGCCUCGAGUAUGGGGACAUGA